AUCCUGUAAAAAUAAUGAAUUUUGAGCAGUGGCUUGAUGCAUGCAGUACUUGCGUAAAGGCUCAGCCAGGACUGGUGGUUAGAGUAGUUGGAUUCACGUUGUCAGCUGAGCUCCUCAAGAAGAGACAUGAUUGAGCACUAUGCAAAAAAGGAGUCCGAUUUUAAUGGAGCCCAAGACAAACUUAAAGAGUUUGAAGCAGCACUCAAUUCUAAAGAAGCUGCACUGGCCACAGCUCUUGGUGAUAAGAGAAGUUUGGAAGGAGAACUUGACGAUUUAAGAGAUCAAAUUGUACAGCUUGAAGCUUCUUUAGCUGCUGCCAAGAAACAGCUUGCAGAUGAAACUUUACUGAAGGUGGAUCUUGAAAAUCGUUGUCAAAGUCUCAUUGAGGAUUUGGAAUUCCGUAAAAAUAUGUAUGAGGAGGAAAUCAAUGAGACAAGACGGAAACAUGAAACUCGCUUAGUUGAGGUUGGUUCUGGUCACCAAAUUGAAUAUGAACAUAAACUGACCCAAGCACUUCAGGAAAUAAGAGAACAGCAUGAUGCACAAAUUAAGCUGUACAAAGAAGAUCUUGAACAGACUUACCGUGUCAAACUUGACAACGCUAAACUGUCCUCUGAGAUGAGCGAUAGUACAGCCAAGUCAGUAAGAGAAGAGCUUGAUGAAAGUCGCAUAAGAAUUGAAACACUCUCUUCCCUUCUCAACAGUCUUCAGAAAGAGUCUAGAGUAUGGCAAAAUAGAGUGCAAGAGCUUGAGGACACCUUGGUCAAGGAACGGGAAAACUGCCGCAAAAUACUAUCUGAGAGAGACAGGGAAAUGGCAGAGAUCAGAAAUCAGAUGCAGCAGCAGUUGAAUGACUACGGGCAACUUCUGGAUGUUAAACUGGCACUGGAUAUGGAAAUCAAUGCAUAUCGGAAACUGCUGGAAGGUGAAGAGGAGAGGCUCAAACUUUCUCCAAGUCCAUCUUCUCAAGUGACAGUUUCACAGGCUUCAUCAAGCCGUAGUGUACGUACAACCAGAGGAAAGAGGAGGAGGAUUAUUGUGGAGGAAUCUGAAGCCAGCAGUAGUGUCAGCAUCUCCCACUCAGCUUCUGCCACUGGAAAUGUGUCUAUUGAGGAGAUAGAUGUUGACGGAAAAUUCAUCCGCUUGAAGAACACCUCUGAACAGGAUCAACCUAUGGGAGGCUGGGAGAUGAUCAGAAAAAUAGGAGACACAUCUGCUAGUUACAGAUAUACCUCAAGAUAUGUACUGAAGGCAGGACAAACUGUUACAAUUUGGGCUGCAAAUGCUGGAGUAACUGCUAACCCACCUACUGACCUCAUCUGGAAGAACCAGAAUUCUUGGGGCACUGGUGAAGAUGUGAAAGUUAUACUGAAAAAUUCUCAGGGAGAGGAGGUUGCUCAGAGAAGCACUGUCUUUAAAACAACCAUGCAUGAGGGGGAAGAGGAGGAUGAAGGUGAAGAAGUAAUUGUUGAGGAAGAAGACCUUUUCCAGCAGGGAGGCCCAAGGGCAUCUAACAGAAGCUGUGUGGUCAUGUAAACUCCCCCCGCCAGCCAGGUUCCUCAAAUAAUGGUGAUUCUUGUCUACAGAACAGAGCCUUCUCAGAAGCACAACAUAUUUUUGUAUUUCAUUUAUGUGAAUUUUUAAUCUGAGAGUGAUUGAUGGCCUUAAUUUCCUUUGUCACUGAAAAGGAAGUUUUCUAGAAGAAACUAUCUGUAACUUCCUUGCAGGAUGUGAAUAGUUGAUUCUGAACAAUGUACUCUUUGAAAAAUGAAACUUCUACCCAGUUUUAUAUGCCAGGAUUUUUAUAAUAGAAACCUUGCUGGAAGGGUAAUACACCACUGCUUAUUGGGGAUUGAUUUUAGACUAUACACCUCUAGCCAUGUACUGUUGACCUCUUUAUAUUUAGGUGCUGUUGGGGAAGGGAAAGGCAUUUGCAAUACUAUGAACUCUUUUUUUACGGAAGACUUGGUCUUUUUCUACAGCACAAUCAAGGUUAUGAAACUAUGAAAAGAACAGCUUUUUUUGUCAUUGCUUGUUUUUUAAAAAAAGUUAUAAAGGAAGCAUAGCCCAGAUGAUCAUGUGAGCACUCUCAGCUGAUGAAGGAUGCAGUACAACUUUCUAUUGGUACUUUCUUUGCUUAGAUUUCUUAUUCUGAAAGGGGAUCCAUGUUACAUGCAUUAGUUGUGUUAAGGUAGUGUAACCAGCUUAAAUUUGCUUAUGUGAUAUUUUUAAUAAAAGUAUGUUUUAAUAUGGAAUGCCUUGCUUGUUUACAACCUUUAGGAACAACACCAAAUCUUUUAGAGAUGUAGUCUACAUUUGUAUGGAAAACAAUUGUAAUUUUGUCAUUGUGGAAAGUUUGUCCUUUUUGCAUUCGCCUGAUGUCUGAAAGCUUUGAAUAAAAAGUAUCGCUGUAAAGACA